CGGCAAAAUCCCCAAACUCUACUCCACUCGCUCAGUCUCUCUCUCUCUCUCUCCCGCUUAUCAGCUGUCACCACCAAAUCGCUCUGCCCCAAGCCAGGGCGCCGCUUCACCACCGCCGCUGCCGCCGGCUGGGACGCUCCGGGCGGCCACCCCCACGAAGGAAUGUCCGCCGCGGCCCCUACCCUCCUCCACCACCGCGGGGUCUCAGGCAGAGGAACCUUACCUGUACAUCAUGGAGAUUGCAGAGUCCCUCCAGGAGCUUGUUUCAUGGGCACAUCACCUAUGUUGGGGCCAAUGAGGGUGUCUUUGGUAUGUAAUGCGAGCCCCAACAACCAUAGGCCAAGAAAUUCGGAUAUAUCCCGACAACAAAGAGGGGGGUCUUCCAGAGGAAAAGGCAAGCCAUACCAGGAUAAAGAUGAUUCUGAAAACAUUGAUGAAUUUGAUAGUGAUAUCAUGUUCUCCAAAAAUGGACCACCAAUCUCAUUGGCAAGCAAUUCUCGUCCUCAAGCCACAUCAGCUCCAGGGGAAAGAGAGAAGGAGAUUGUGGAGCUAUUUAAAAGGGUUCAAGCACAACUACGAGCUAGAGGAAAAAGCAGGGAAGACAAGAAGCCCGAACCUGCAAAAGUACAGGGUGAGAGGGGCAGCGUUGAUUCCCUUCUUAAGUUGCUUAGGAAGCACUCUGUGGACCAAAGAAGGAAGAGCAGUGAUGACAAAGAACAGAAUUUUGAUCUGACGAGGCGAAGCAAUGAUUCAGGAAAUAGACAAAGCUCAACCAUCUCUGGCACAAAAGGUGACACCCAGGAAGAGCAGAAGAAGCCUCCUCCAGCUCCCUUCAAAAGGCCAGCUUCAAAUUUCAGGCGAAGAUCUCCUGUUCCUGGAGUGAAAUUCCAGCCUGUUAUCAAUGCAGAUGCAGAUGCAGAUGCAGAGGCAGAGGCAGAAGCUGAUCGCAAGUCUAUUGCCAAUAAUGUUGCUGAUGCUGUAGAAAAAGCUAAGACAGCUCUCGGUGAGAGGACUGCUGCAGAUGAGCCUAACUCAGUUUCUCCAUAUGAACCUGAUUCUGUAAUACAACCAGAAAAUAUUUCUCUGGAUGACUUUGAUGCUCUUUCAGAUGAUGAAUCUGAUACUGAGGAAUUAAAUGAGUAUCCCGAACCUUCUUUGGAAAUUGCUGAUGUUACAGAUACUGAUGAAUCGCACGACAGUGCCGCAGAAAGCUCUGAUCUAAGCUCUUUGAAGGUUGCAGAAUUGCGGGAACUUGCAAAGUCUCGAGGAAUCAGGGGUUAUUCAAAGAUGAAGAAAACUGAGUUGGUUGAAAUCCUGAGUGGCGUGGCUUGAUAAGUAGGUGGCAGCUUCUGUUUGCGCCCGUUUGGCUUCAACCUGUCCUGGGCAUAUGCACUAUCUUUCAGUCCCAUAGAAAUUGUAAAUGAUCGAGCAGGGCUAACUUUGUUCUGGUCUGUGCUAAGCUUAUGCUGGCUCCUUUUGUACACCUAGUUUGUUAGUCAAUUAGCUGAAUUCUGUGCUGAGUGGAGUGAGGUAGCUGAGACAUUUGUUUCUGUACUAAUGCACUAUUCCAUUCUAGGUGUUUUUUUUUUUGGCCA